GUCUUCUUCAACUUCUCCUUUUCAGUGGAUAUCAAUGGCGGCACUCGAAGCAGCAUUCUCCACCCUACGUUCCUACCCUUCAACUUCUCCGAAAUUGCUUUUAUGCCCUAGACGUUCAUUCUCUGUAAAGCACCACAGUUCCACUUCUACCCCAACCCUCUCUCUCAAUUUUCAUCUUUGUCCCCACCCACUUCUCUCUAUCAACAAAACCAGAAAAUUGAGCUUCGAAAUAAGCUCAGCAGUUCAGGAUGUAGCAGUAGAAGAAAAAACAGAGGAAACCCAACAAUCAAAUCAAAGGAAGAAGCUUUUCGUGCUCAAUUUGCCAUGGUCUUACACUGUUGCUGAUAUCAAGAACCUUUUUGGCGAAUGUGGAACUGUCACAGAUGUUGAGAUUAUAAAACAAAAAGAUGGGAAGAACAGAGGCUUUGCAUUUGUCACGAUGGCUUCUGGGGAAGAAGCGCAGGCUGUUAUUGAUAAAUUUGACUCUCAUGAAUUGUUGGGUAGGAUUAUCAGGGUUGAGUUUGCAAAGAAAUUCAAGAAACCUUCACGUCCUCCUCCUGUAGGUCCCCCACCUGGAGAGACACGCCAUAAGCUAUAUGUGUCCAAUCUUGCAUGGAAAGUGAGGUCUAGCCAUCUCAAAGAAUUUUUCGGUGCCGAUUUUAAUCCAAUUUCAGCUAGGGUUGUUUUUGAUAGUCCGUCAGGAAGAUCUGCUGGGUAUGGCUUUGUCUCAUUUGCCACGAAAGAGGAAGCAGAGACUGCAAUUUCUGCUUUGGAUGGGAAGGAAUUGUGUGACCGACCAAUUCGUUUGAAAUUCAGUGAAAAGAAUGUUGAUGAAUCUGGAAAUGAAAAGGUUGAAGAAGACAAAGCCUAGGGGCAACCUGAACAAUCAUAGAACGACACAUUCUUUAGUCCUCUUGAUCUGUGGUUUGCAGAUAACUUCCAAAAUGUGUCCCAAUCUGGCAUUUUCAACGCUCUUGCACAUAACAGUGAUGAAAGGCAGUGUGGUUUGCACAUAUUUGCGUUUACUUAUAAUGCUUUAUUUGUACUUACUGAAAACUAGAGCUAUUAUGUCUCAUUUACCUUGUUAAAUUGCCUGAAAAUGUUUUAUGUGAAAUUGUAGAAAUAUAAUUGAUUCCACAUAGUAUGAUUGCUUCAGGAGAGAUCCUUUUCAGCAUAUUGUAUUGUUAUUAUUUUCUUCAA